AUGAAUAAUCCAAUUGAACCGUGCGAAUCUGUUGCAAUUACUGACACGUCCACCUUGCAAAAUACCGUCAAAGAUUUAUGUCACAGGCUAGAGAAAAACCCUUUCGAUUAUAAUUCACACGUACAACUCAUCGAGUGUCUACGAAAAAUAGGCGAUUUCAAGAGACUCAAAACUGCGCGUGAGCGUAUGCACGAAACCUAUCCACUUACUCCAGCACUGUGGCUUCAAUGGAUCGAGGAUGAGCUUAAUAAUGCUUCUACACUUGAAGAGAAGCGACGAGUGGAAAUUCUUUUUAAACGUGCGAUUGAUGAUUAUGAAGAUAUCAAUGUAUGGUUGGAAUACUGUCACUUCGCAAUCUCUACUUCGGAUUUUAGUUCUGCGGAUAGUAUAAAGCAAGCGGAAGUCAUUUUUGAAUCUGCUUUGUCACAUCAAGGACUUAAUGUUGUUGGGGGUUCGAUGCUAUGGGAGAUCUAUCGUGAAUAUCUCACUGUAGUGUGGUCUCAGCUACCACAAGAUCAUAAGGAAAUGAAACUAGAACAACUGAAUAAAAUGGACCGUCUAUUUCAGCGUCAACUCAGCAUUCCACAUUUGAAUAUGGAGGAGACAUUAACUGAAUAUAAAACUUUCCUGUCUGAUAUUGGUGUAGAACUAUAUCAACCAAGGGAAAAUUCAGAUUCCUUUGUACCACAAGAAAUCAAAACGGAAUAUGAGAAAGCUUUAGAGCGUUUGGCUGUUAUUUUACCAUUUGAGGAAUCCAUAGAAGAAUCUACUGACAAGUCAGAAGCGGAAUCUGUUUCCAGUUGGAAUACGUAUAUUGAUUGGGCGGUUCAUUGUGCAAAACGAAAAAAGCCUAAAACAUCUAAAAUACUGAUAUUAUGCUGUCUUUUCGAGCGUGCUAUUACAGCACAUUGUUUAGAUACAUCUUUUUGGAUACGUUAUGCAGACUAUGUGGAAUCUCAGCUAGAAACGGAUGUUCUGCGUUUGCAAACGUUAUUGUCUCGAUCAGUUCGUAAUUGUCCUUGGUGUGUCGAGUUAUGGCAGCGUUAUGCAUUAGUCACUGAAGCUGUGAUUCUUGAAAAUAUCUCAUUCAAAUCAAAUACCAAUGGAACACAACAGGAAUCUGUUUCCAAUGAGUCUGAUCUAUUUAAAGAGGUUGAUGGUAUAUAUGAAACAGCUCUAGCAGCUGGUUUCACUAAUCCAGUUGAUGUAUUGAAAAUUUGGCGUAGUUAUUGUGAUCAUCAUUUGCGUAGACUUCUUUUAUUAGAUAAGAGUUCUUUAUCUUGGGAAUAUCGACUGUCAUUACUUCGAGCAACAUUUGGUCGAGCUAUAGAAUAUUGUUUUGAAUUAUUGCACUCUCAAUCAAAUGUUGAUUGGUCACUUUUAAAUUAUUAUGCAUUUGUUGAAGCAAAGUAUGUUGAAGAUAAAGAGCGUGCGCGUUCUCUGUGGACAAGUUUAAUAAAGUUACCUGGACAUGGGAGUCGAGCUGAAUACUGGAUACCUUAUAUUCAAUUUGAACAGACUUGGGGUGAUAUGAAAAAUUUACUUCGAAUAUGUGCUAUGGCUAUUAAUUCAAUUAAUUUUGACCAAUCAGAAUUAGUAUUUCAAGUGGUUUUACGUGCAGUUGGUGAAAUUGGGGUACCUGUUAAACAAUAUAGAGAUAUUAUUACAAAAAUACAUGCACGUCGAGCUUCUUUAAUGGAGUCUGUUAAAGAUGUUCAAUCGACAAAGUCAGAUACUGAGAUACCAGUUAAAUUAAUGGAAACCAAAUUAUCUGGUUCAAGAAAACGAAAACUACCUGAUCAUCAAAAUGAUGCUGCCACGUUAAAAUCAGCCAAAGUAUCAAAACCUAAUCCUACUUCUCAUGGGACAUUUGUUCCACACGAUCCAUCGAAAAAUGAGUUUACAGUAUUUGUAAGUAAUCUUGAUUAUUCAGUCAGUGAGGAACAAAUUCAGCAUACUUUUGAGAAGUGUGGAAAUGUGACAUCUGUUCGUCUCGUACGUGAUUACGCUGGUCGGUCGAAAGGAUUCGCCUAUGUUGAAUUCGAAAAUAAAGAGUCUGUGAAAAAUGCACUUACACUGGAUAGACAAGGAAUUACACGUCCGACCUCAGAAAGUGUGCCAUGUGACGCUGAUAGCCAAAAACAAAAAGAAGAGGAUAAUGCAACAAUUCCAAAACCACCUAAUUGUUAUGAUCGUCCAAUGUUUGUAUCGAUAUGUGAUCCAAGCAGACUUAAAUCAUGUGGAUUUAAAUAUACGGUUGGCAAAAAAGAACCUGAAAAGUUAUUUGUGCGAAAUUUAGAUAAAGCUGUAAAAAAUGAAGAUUUGGAAAAGUUAUUCAAGCAGUAUGGAAAUAUUGUGAGUAUUCGUCUAGCAACAUAUCGUAACGGUGUCCCAAAAGGUCAUGCCUACAUUGAAUUCACGAAUGCAGAUGAUGCCAGUAAAGCGUUAGUUGCCACAAAUGGCUUAGAAUUCAGAAAUAAAAUAUUGUCAGUAUCUAUUAGUGAACCACCUGUACGUGAUGGAAGUGGUCCCCAAGGUUGUAAAUCAAUCACAUCAGAAGACAAAAAAGUGUUCAAAACCCCCCAAAUUAUUAAUUUGAGUGGUUCUCAUCCCGUCGGAACUAGUGUACGGAAAUCACGAACGCAGUUAGAAUUUUUGCCUCGUGCAGUUCAUCGAACACGUGAAAUUCAAGAUCAAGUGUCAGAAAGUAAGAUGGAUACUGAAACUAUCGACCCUGAAUCAUCCACCGUUACUGGUAGUAAGGAUAAUGAGUACUUUCGAAGACUAUUGAAGUGA